AUGGAAAAUCGUUCCAACGCGUCCAUUCUCGACCUGUUCUCUCGUGGUUCGUCGCCGCCGCAUACAAUCUCUCCUCAGCAGCAGCAACAACCUCAGCAGCAACAGCAACAUCAACAACAGCAGUCUCAGCAGCAGGCUCAACAACAACAAUCUCAACCUGCGUAUCUAUCCCAUAAUGUAUCGUCCCCGAAUCAGAUCGAGUCUUUAUUUCAAAACCUUUCUUCAGCCUCGCCCUCCGACCAUCAUCCCUCUUCAUCCCAAUCUGUAGCUGAUGACUAUUCCAACAUUAAUUCUGCUCCAACUACGCCCGUCAUGUCGAUCUCAGACGAUCCUGCAACCCCUCCCGCUCCUUCAAACUCCUCUGUAUCUGAUAGCAGGCAGAGUGCUCUUCUCUCUCUCCUUGGUGGUCCACCUUCCGCUCCAAGUCAGCCUGCACCUGCUGCAGCAGGUUCUCAACCGCAAGCUCAACAAAUUCCAACUCCUCCCGGCUCCUCCCAGCGGUCUGGUACCUCUCCAUCUCAUAGCGAAGCCCAGGGAAAGUUUCUUCUCGAGCAGUUGAUGGCUGGAAAUCCACCCAGGUCAAACUAUCCCGAAAACCAUAGAAGUUCUGGCUUGGCUCCAACGCCACCUUAUUCUGCCAACCAGCACGAGAGUGAAUAUAGAUCUUACCCACAGCACGAUCCUGCCAUCGAAACAUCACAAGCCGUGCAGCCCUCCAUGCAGUCCUAUCAGUCGCCCCAAUCCCAGCCUGCUCCCAGUCAGCAACAGCAGCAGCAGCAGCAGCCACCUUCUCCUCGCAAGACCAUGUUCGACUUUGUUUCUCCAUUUGAUGCGUUGUCUUCUACCAGCUCUGUCAAGAAGAAACCGCUUCCAAACCCUUCUACUGGUACUAGUGGUACCGAUGAUAGUAGCUCGUGGACUGCUUUAACAGAUCCAAAACGCCAGUCCGUGGAUAACUUGUUGGAGAGCUUGGCUCGUGCCCAGCUACCUCCACCGCCUGUUCCGACAUCUCACCCUAGUUAUGAUCCCUACUUCGGAGCUGGGGGUGAGUAUACUCUCGGAGACCAGAGCCGCGUUCCUCCUCCUCCUCUUCCGCCGAAACCCGCUGGAGCCCCACCCCGCAACGCUUCUCCUCGUUCUUCUCCUCCCAAGGCGCAGGCUCAGCGUGCUCGGCUAGAGUCCCCUAGUGGUCAGCAUAACCAGUCUACCGGUGGUCCCAGUAACAACUCUAGCAGAAGGGAAAAGGAGAGCUCGCCUGGCCCAGGAACAAGAGGAAGCUUGAGAGCAAAGAAUGGGAGGAAUGCCAAGAAUGUGAACAGUCCUAGCCCACAGGCACAGAACAUUAUUUUUGAUGUAUCGCAACCACUGGAUGAGAUUCAGUCUCCCCGAGAUACCGUCAAGUCGACUGCCAUUGCCCUCGUGAAACAGGACACUGUGUUUUUACCUGGAACCACUAUCGGUGCGACUACAUGGGUGGCUUAUGCUAUGACGAAGGGUCGUAUUCGGGUGAUUUCUCGCUCUAGCGGCGACCGUACUCUUCUUCAGCUUCCAGCUGUAUUCCCUCCCAGUACUAGUGUCACCGAUAUGGCCGUUUACGGAAACAGACUCGCAGGUGUCACUUCCGAUGGCGGAUUUGUGGUUUGGGAGCUACCCGAUAUUAUUACUGAUGAUGUUCCUGGUCAGCUAUUACUGUGUGUCGGACCCACGGACCAUUUGCCCCUCAAUCUCGUCAAAUGGCAUCCAAAGGAACCCGAUACGCUGGCCGUUGCCUCUGAAUCCCAAAUUUUCUUGCUUCAUCUUGCUGAUGCCGACGUCAUGCGUGGACGAGUUCUUGUCCAGUCCGACUUGCACGAAAUUAGUCAGGCCUUUUCCCUUUUAUCGCCGCUUGUAGCUUUCGACUUCGAUGUCAUUCAUUACACUCUUGCUUCUAUUUCCGUGGAUUCCACCCUCACUAUCUGGAACAUCCACGACCAACUUCCAUUCUCGACAUAUAAAGUCCGAGGAGAAGACGUGCCCUCUUCUCUCACUUUCGUUGACGGAAGAAUUAUUGUUGGACGCAAGAACGGCACGAUAUACCAGCUACUUUCGAUGACAACAAAGAGCGUCCUAUCCACGGUCAAAUUUGUGAAUGGUGCUCAUGAAGACCCUGACAUGUUUGGUCAUUCCAUUUAUGACGGGCGUAUUCAAACGCUUUGGGUAGCCAAUAGUCGCAGAGACAGUUUGAUUGCUCUCAGAAUCAAUCUUGAAGCGUCUAUUGGCAACGGUGAAGAAGCUAUCAGAGGCUAUUUCGAACAAGUUGUCGAGUUCAGUGGCAUCAAGCCUACGAUACACUUUGUGAUUCUCACCGAAUAUGCUGAUCCGAACGGGGAUGAAUCCUACGCCGCUUGUAUUGCGGCCAAAGUUCCUCCUGGGGAGCUGGCUCUGGUCGCGUUUUCGGUGCACUCUAGUGGCGUUGAUCAGAUCUUGAUUAGGAAGGAGUGGUUUGAUGCUGCGAUGAAUACUGCACAAGCUAAAUUCCCUGCUUAUACGCCGCUUCAUCAUAUGGCUGCUCAGAUCACGAGUGCUCCUACUGCUGUUUAUGAGCAUCCCCCGUUGAACACGUCUAACAAGAAUCAACGUGAACGUGGUCAGAACGUUGGGUUGUCGCAACAACCAGUCGCCUCUACUGCUGCUCUUGCGAUUCACCCGCCUAGGAUGCGGACGCCGCCCUCUGAGGAGAUUGAAGGUGAUGUAGCGAGGGAUGAGGGCCGUACAGAGCCCAAGAGCAAGGGUGGAAGGGGCGGAAAGGUCAAGUUUGGUGGUGAGGACAGAGGUGACCGGAAUACCAACAAGUCAGGCGACACGGGUCUUGUUAAUGAAAGUGUUCUGGGUCAGGCGAUCACGAAGGAGAUAAGAAAGACGGAAGAAAGCCUUCAUAAUCGUAUCAGCAAGAUGUUCGGCAAAGAGAUGGACAAACAACAUCAACGCAUGGAGGAAGCUCGGGCUCAUGAACAAGCUGAAGAUUUUUCACGACAAGAAAAGAUCCUCAAGUUGAUCUCGAAUGAGCUCACGAAGAACACGACAAGGGUUGUGGAGAUGGCUGUAAAGAGCGAAGUUCAGAAUUCGGUGUUGCCAUCGCUUGAGGCCAUCACGAAACACGAGGUCAAGACUGCUCUGCAUGAUCAGGUUGGGUCUGGUUUGGUUGACAUCAUUAGCCAGAACUUGCCUAUUGAAAUUGAGAAACUGUUAUUGCGACCCGACAUCUCUGGACAUUUCUCGCAUCUGCUUUCCAACAACCUGGCGCCGUUGAUCGAUCGUCAUAUCAAGGACGCCAUUUCGAAAACGCUCAUGCCGGUUUACUCGCAACAAGCGACUGCCAUGCAUCAAGAAAUCAUUCGCGAACUUCGCAAUGAGAUUCAUUCCAUGAAGACCGAGUUGACUGGGUGGCAGAACGAAGCCAUGCGGAAUCAAGAGAAUUCUAUACGCGACCUUGAGCGUUCCGUCCGCACAUUGUCCGAUCAAGUGAAGUUCUUGACUUUGAGCCAUCCUCCCCCCUCUUCUGGACCCCUUCAUCACAUACAGCCCGGUCCUCAGCCCCAUAGCUCGCCUUCAGGAUCGAGUGGCGGGUCGUCGAUGAACCAACCUCAUCUCCGACAGCCGAAUGUCCAGUCUAAUCUUUCAUCUUCAGCCUCGAACAACUUCCCUGUGGGUCAUGGCAACUUCCCACCGCCACAAGUUCUUCCUCAACAAAUACCGCAAUGGUUUUCUACAACCAUUGCGGCACCCCAGGCUUCUCAUCCUGCUACUAUCCCUCAACCUACCCAAACCGACCGAACUCCUCCCAUUAAGCCGGAACAAUGGGAUGAAAUUUAUCUUGGUGUUUUACAUACACAGGACGCCAAUAAGCUGCGGGACUUGCUGGCGCAUACAAAUCCAGAGUUGAUUAUGCCAUUGAAUGGCCAAGUUCUUGUUUCGCAGGCCGUUAUCUUGACUUUGGUUCAUCGACUAUCUGCGUUAGUCGGAGAGCUUUCUCCUAGCGAUGAAUCGCUCAAAACUUCCUUGUGGUGGCUGCAACGAUCAGUUGCUAUGCUGCGUCCAGAGGACAAACUUAUUACUGAUUUCAUUCCAAGAGUUGUACCUAACGUUCAGGUGUUGCUCAACACAACGAAACAGCGCCUUGCCAUUCCGAUACCGGGGGGACCUCCUACUCUUGAUAUUGCCAGGUCAAUCUCUGAUGUACAGGAUGCUCUACGACGGAAGGUUGUGCCGGUGUCAUGA